UUUCACAAAGAAAAGAAGAACACACGCACAGCGCAUUCCACCGCAAGUGGAAGGAGCAACGUCAUUCCAUUUCAUAUAUUCAUCUCCUCAGGCUCAGAGAUAUAUAAAUAUUCAGUUUUUUCUCCGUGUCUCGUUUCAGAUCCAAAUCUCUCAAACCCUUCAGAUCUCGAAUUCCCAGCUUUGCCGAUUCAUCUAUCUAUAGAUUUAUUCAUAUAUAUAUACACACUGUUGAUAAUCAAUUGGGUCCACCCGUGGAUCGAUCGAGUUUUCUCUAGUCUUGGCAACUGGAUCUGAUCGAGCUUUCGCGGACUUUCAAUACGGAUCCAAUCAUGAAUCCCUUCUCCUCCGGUACGCGUCUGAGGGACAUGAUUCGGGCUAUACGUGCUUGUAAAACUGCAGCAGAAGAGCGGGCUGUUGUAAGAAAAGAGUGUGCUGCAAUUCGUUCAGCAGUUAGUGAAAAUGAUAAUGAGUACAGGCAUCGGAAUCUAGCAAAGCUCAUGUUCAUUCACAUGCUUGGUUACCCCACACAUUUUGGUCAAAUGGAAUGCCUAAAGUUAAUUGCAUCUGCUGGAUUUCCUGAGAAGAGGAUAGGAUAUCUUGGCCUUAUGUUACUUCUUGAUGAAAGACAAGAAGUACUGAUGUUGGUCACAAACUCAUUAAAGCAAGAUCUUAAUCACACCAACCAGUAUAUUGUGGGACUAGCUCUCUGUGCUUUGGGGAAUAUAUGUUCUGCAGAAAUGGCACGUGAUCUUGCACCGGAAGUUGAAAGAUUACUACAAUUCCGAGAUCCAAAUAUUCGGAAGAAAGCAGCACUGUGCUCUAUUAGGAUUAUAAAGAAAGUCCCGGACCUGGCAGAAAAUUUUAUAAACCCUGCUGCUGGCUUACUUAAGGAAAAGCACCAUGGAGUUUUAAUAACAGGACUUCAGCUCUGCAUAGAUCUAUGUACAACCAGUGCAGAGGCUCUUGAAUAUUUUAGAAAGAAAUGCACAGAGGCUGUGGUCAAAUCUUUAAAGGAUGUUGCAAACAGUCCAUAUGCACCUGAGUAUGACAUCUCUGGGAUUACAGAUCCUUUUCUCCAUAUCAGAUUACUCAGGUUUUUGCGCAUAUUGGGUCACGGAGAUGCAGAUGCUAGCGAUUGCAUGAACGACAUUCUUGCUCAGGUUGCAACAAAAACCGAGUCGAACAAAAAUGCCGGGAAUGCCAUUUUAUAUGAAUGUGUUGAAACAAUUAUGAGCAUUGAAGAUAACAGCGGCUUGCGGGUGCUUGCCAUCAAUAUUUUGGGAAGAUUCCUGUCAAACCGUGACAACAAUAUCAGAUAUGUUGCGUUGAACAUGCUGAUGAGAGCUAUCACAGUAGAUACACAAGCAGUGCAGAGGCAUCGGGCAACAAUCUUGGAAUGUGUGAAGGAUUCAGAUGCUUCUAUUCGGAAAAGGGCCCUUGAACUUGUGUAUCUUCUUGUAAAUGAAAGCAAUGUAAAGUCUUUGACAAAAGAGCUUAUUGAAUAUUUGGAAGUAAGUGAUCAAGAUUUCAAAGGAGAUCUUACUGCGAAAACUUGCUCCAUUGUUGAAAAGUUUUCCACGGACAAAAUUUGGUACAUUGAUCAGAUGCUCAAGGUUCUCUCUGAGGCAGGAAGUUUUGUAAAGGAUGAAGUAUGGCAUGCCCUAAUUGUUGUGAUAAGCAAUGCUUCUAACCUCCAUGGAUAUACUGUACGGUCUCUCUACAAAGCAGUCCAAACAUCAGGUGAUCAGGAAAGUCUUGUUCGAGUGGCCGUUUGGUGCAUUGGAGAAUAUGGUGAAAUGUUAGUCAAUAAUGCUGGAAUGCUUGGUAUAGAAGAACCAAUAACUGUGACAGAGUCUGAUGCAGUGGAUGUCAUAGAGAUUGCUAUAAAGCGCCAUAUCUCGGAUCUUACAACUCAGGCGAUGUGUUUGAUUGCUUUGUUAAAGCUGUCCUGUCGUUUUCCUGUUUGUUCACAGAGGAUUAAGGAUAUAAUCGUUCAAUAUAAGGGAAGUCUUGUACUUGAACUGCAGCAGAGAUCAAUUGAAUUUAAUUCAGUUAUCCAGAAGCAUCAGAAUAUCAGGUCUUUGCUUGUUGAAAAGAUGCCAGUUCUCGAUGAGGCAACUUAUAGUGGAAGAAGGGCUGGUUCUUUGCCAGCAACCGUUUCGACCUCGAAUGGAGCUGCAAUUAAUCUUCCAAAUGGAGUUGCAAAACCCAGUGCUGCUCCUCUUGUUGAUUUACUAGAUCUAAGUUCAGACGAUGCUCCGGUACCCAGCUCGUCUGGUGGUGAUUUUCUUCAGGAUCUUCUUGGGGUUGAUUUAGCACCAGCUUUGUCACAAUUAGGUACCAGUCAGACUCAAAAAAGUGGCACAGAUGUCUUAUUGGAUCUUUUAUCAAUUGGGACGCCUCCAGCUCAAAGCAGCCCAUCUACAUCUGACAUUUUAUCUUCCAGUCUAGAUAACAAGAUUUCUGUUAAUACAUUACAGAGAUUGUCUUCACCUUCUGCACUUUCUGGCCAAGCCUCUCUUCCAGCUGUUGGUUCUCCUGUAAUGGAUUUGUUGGAUGGCUUUGCUCCUAACCCGGCAGCGCGUGAAGACAAUGGUCCUGCGUAUCCAUCAAUAGUUGCAUUCGAGACCAACUCCUUGAAGAUAAUGUUCAACUUCUCAAAGGCACCUGGAAACCCACAAACAACAAUAAUCCAGGCUACUUUUACAAAUAAGUCACCUAAUGUCUAUACAGAUUUUAUUUUCCAGGCAGCUGUUCCAAAGUUUCUUCAACUGCACUUAGAUCCAGCUAGCGGUAAUACUUUGGCUGCAAGUGGUGAUGGGUCAAUCACACAAGAUUUGCAAGUGACAAACAGCCAACAUGGCAAGAAAUCCCUUGUCAUGCGCACACGGAUAAGUUACAAGGUCAAUAACAAAGAGGUUUUGGAGGAAGGACAAAUCAACAAUUUCCCCCGUGGAUUAUGAGAUCAAAUAGUUCCGAAAGUUGUGAAAGAUGAUGCACGAGCUCAUAUUUUUUACCAGGAGAAGUGUUCUCCGUGUCUGUAGUGUUAGUAGUAGCAGUCGGAACUUUUGAGUGAUUUUGAGUUCUGGGAUAUCUUGGAUGGCUUCAUUUUGCAACUCAUUUUCUUCGGUUUGAAGGUGCUUUUUUUGUACAUUGAUAAGAUUCAUUUUCGAAAAUUAAAAUCUUUGCUCCAAGGUGCAGAGUGGAGCUUGUGUGUCGAAUUGAUAACUUGAGGUGUUCUUGGUGGCAGAAUUUGCGAUUUUUCAACCCACUUGCUUUAUUAUUCAAGAUUUUGUUAGACCAAUUUAUAUGCGAAAAUGUAAUAUAUGUAUUCAAUUCGAAUCAUAAAUUUCAAUCUCUGUUUUUUGGAAGUGCCAUGGAGGAAUGCUUUUGGAGUGUUUCAAAGGUCAUCCAAAAACAAACAAGUGACAUCCAAAGUUUUCUCAGUCUCACUUCUUAUAUAAACAUCAAGUGGCCGUGUGUCCAUUUAAUUGUA